AUGAAAGAUGAAGUGACUUUGUCUUCCUUGUUGCAGAUCCAUAACAUGGUGGCAGUGCUGGAAGUGAUCUCCAGCCUGGAGAAAUACCCCAUUACCAAAGAGGCACUUGAGGAAACAAGACUUGGGAGGCUUAUCAAUGAGGUGAGGAAGAAGACAUCCAAUGAGGAACUUGCCAAACGUGCCAAGAAGUUGCUGCGGAAUUGGCAGAAGUUGAUAGAACCUGUAACCCAGACUGAAGCGGUGCCGAGGGGGCUGCCGAACCCACCCGGGUCAGCAAACGGUGGUGCUCACAACUGCAAAGCAGAAGCGCAACUUCCCGCAGUGGCUGGAUCGAAACGGAAUGAUAUCCAGAAACUAAAUUCUCCCAAAACAGAGAAAUUAGGGAAUCGGAAAAGGAAAGGUGAACACAGGGACGGGCAUCAGGGCCCUCCUCCCCCAAAAGUCUCCAAAGCUAGUCAUGAAGUAUUACAAAACUCUUCGCCCCCUCCAACCAAUGGAAUUGGAGGCAGUCCUGAAAAUUUUCCUAGUCCCGUAGAUGUAAACCUCCACGCAGGGCCCGAAAGCAGUAGGACAGAACUCAGUGAAAAUGAUAAACACAGUAAGAUCCCAGUAAACGCUGUAAAACCUCACACCAGUUCUCCAGGACUUGUAAAACCUUCAAGCACUUCCUCGUUAUUAAAGACUGCAGUGCUUCAGCAGCAUGAGAAAUCAGAAGAAACCACAGGACCGCACCAGCCCAAGAGUCCUCGCUGUUCCUCCUUUAGCCCUAGAAAUGUCAGGCAUGAUACUUUUGCUCGGCAGCAUACGACGUACUCACCAAAGGAUUCGAUGCCCAGUCCAUCUCAAAGGUCUCAGUUCUUAGAUACUGCACAGGUGCCAUCGCCACCACCAUCCUUGAUGCAACCUUCAACACCUCCCUUGCCAGCGAAAAGACUGGAGUUCUCUCAGCAGGCGGUAGCUGAGGUGUCUCAGCACUGGCCGGAGCAGCAGGUACCUUCGGAAAGCCAGCACAGGCACCCAGCAGGGACCCUCCAACAGCACACAUCUCCCAGCUGCAAAACCAGCUCCAACCCUGGGGAAUCUCUCCCGCCACACACAGGCUUUUCACAGGACGCUUCCAAAAUGGACAGCGAUGAUGCUGCUUCAGGUUCCGAUAGCAAAAAGAAGAAAAGGUACCGACCCAGAGACUAUACCGUCAACUUGGAUGGGCACGUGACAGAAGGGGGUGUGAAACCUGUGAGGUUAAAAGAGAGAAAGCUCACUUUUGAUCCCAUGACAGGACAGAUAAAACCUUUAACACAGAAAGAUCCUUUGCAGGUAGAAAUCCCUGCGCUUACCGAACAGCACAGGACAGAAACGGAAAAGCAGGAGCAAAAACCCAACCUGCAAAGCCCUUUUGAACAAACGAACUGGAAAGAGUUAUCCAGAAAUGAAAUCAUUCAGUCAUAUUUAAACAGGCAGAGUAGCUUGCUGUCUUCAUCGGGAGUACAGACUCCAGGAGCUCACUACUUCAUGUCUGAGUAUUUAAAGCAGGAGGAAAGCACUAGAAAAGAGGCUAGAAAGACUCAUGUUCUAGCUCCUAACAGCAAACCUACAGACUUGCCUGGGGUUACGAGGGAGGUCACAAGUGAUGACCUCGACAGAAUAUGUGAACAUCACUGGCCAGGCGUGAACGGUUGUUACGACACACAGGGUAACUGGUAUGAUUGGACACAGUGCAUAUCUUUAGAUCCACACGGGGAUGAUGGUAGAUUGAACAUCCUGCCUUACGUCUGCCUAGACUGA